UAUGCAAAUGAGCCUUCAAGAAAUUCAUAGGCCAUUUUGGUUGCUCUAACAACAAUAGAGGAGCCCAAAGAAUUACAAUGUCGCCCCUCUUUCCACUGUUGCUCCUGUCUUAUGUCAGUUAUGGGUUGAGUUACAACUGUUUGAACACAGGGUAUGACUGUAAAAACGGGGGAGCUUGUGACUACUUUGGCAGGUGUAAAUGUCCCCCCGGUUACACCGAGGUAGACUGCGGCUUAGACACAGCUAGCAUCACCCCAGCUGGAGCCUGUCGAGCAGCCUGUCUGAACAAAGGGAUAUGUUUCAAUGGCAUCAGUUGUUACUGUCCGGAAGACUACAUAGGAACAAAGUGUGAAGUUCCUGUCUUGAGUGCAGAGUGCGGGAUGUCGUCAAUGAAAAUUCGGGCAUACAGACCUCUUAACUUUAAUGGAGAAAUGUUUUUGAAGCAGAGCAUGUUCGGCUGUAAGCUCACAGAGAUGUUUACUAACGUUCCUGGGUACAAGAUGUACGAGCUAGAUAUUCCUCUGGAAGCCAUUGCACCAUGCUCAUUGAAGAGAACGGAAAACCCAGAGACAGGUGACACAACCUAUGAAGUGGAGGUGGCCACCGCCCACACAAAAGGACUAUUCAGCAUGUCAGACACAGUUCACAGUGUCCAGUGUGUUUAUGAGGCCAGACGUAUGGGCGAAAAUCCCGUUGACGUCACAGCUGCAAUGAACCCCUUAACCGUUAAAGUUGUUGAUUCGAAUGAACGACCACUACAACAAGUGCAAAGAAAUGACGCCUUCUACAUUUUAGCCGAAUCCAACGGAAAAUUCCCAGAUACCACAGGUGCACGUAUCCGAUACUUGGAGGCCUACAGCCUGGACAGACAGACAAACGAAGUGAAAUCUAUCAAGUUGAUUGAGGACGAAUGUCCAAUUGAAGCAGCUGUAAGCCUACUUGGCUUCACUCCUUCAAAUGUGCCUUUUGAAUUGAAUGGAAAAUGGUUGGGACGUGUAGAAAUGAAGGGCUUCUUUUUGGUUGACGGGGAACCUUUGCUCAUAGACUAUCGAGCUAAACUUUGCAGGAGUAAAUGUUACGAAAAAUCCUGCAACUCCCCGCCACCGCUUACUAUUCCUAAAACAGCACCAUUCAAAGACCUCAUAACCCCAAUAGAAGUCGUGUAAAGAAAAUGAAGUUUUGGACGAACAAUUGUCAAUAUAGUGAAAAUUUUAUUAGUACAUAAUCAUGAUAGUCAAAAUGGGAAUCGACGCAUGAUUGUACUGUCAGUAAUACCAAUGUAUUAAAAUCUGUAGGGAUAAUUUACAACUUUUCGUGAAACAUACAUGUAAAUCGUACAAAUUUUGCUUUAAAGAUAAGCUGGAGUUUUCCUAAAAAAAGAAAUGAGAAGUGUGUACUAUAUAUUUGUGUAUAUCUUAUAAACUAUUAAAGUUUAUUUUUAAAAAAAACACAGAACUUUCCAUCAUGGCAAUAAUAAUUCGACUUUUUUUCAAGUUGAUUUGUUUACAAUAAAUUACAUUCUUUAAUUUAAUCAUUUUAGUAAACUGUCUGCUGAAUUUUGCUCACAAUAAAAUCAAACCAGAUUAUAAACUUGACUAAAACAUCAUUAUUUACAAAAAACACAAAUAAUAAAAACGUUUAUACAUGUGCAAAGAACUAUAUUCGGUGUUUCGCAUUUUUCGCACUAAAGUACACCAUAUCGCAAAAUCUAAGUCAUUGGCCGAUCAAGCAUAAUGUGUUCCGCUUGAAAAAGUUUCAGUUUUUACUAAAAAGCGGUCCUACCUUUUGCCACGCAAGAGACUCAAACAAGGAAACUCGUUCAUUCUGACAAAUGUCAUAUUCAUUAAAGUUACUUUAUCUUAUGCCUAAUUAAGCUAGGCCGCAUUAUCCUAGCAUACAGCGAACUCAGUUUUUGUAAAAGAAUGUGAAUAUCCAAAAAUGAUUAAUUAGCUUUUUUUAUGUUAAAGUUCACGGCCACUCUACGGAACCUUCGUAUAAUCUGGCUAAUAUCUUAGUGAAAAUUUUGAGUUUACUGAGUCGUUGUAAAAUUUACAUCAUAAAGAAUUCUUGCUCUCGGGCUGUAAUCGUAAUCUCUAGCUAGCAAUGGUGCCAAAAUGCUGUCUUCGAUCA